AUGCUGAAUGUCGAAGCAGAAGGCAGCUUUGUGGUGAAGGUCAGGGGCUUGCCUUGGUCGUGCUCGGCCAGUGAUGUCCAACACUUCUUCUCAGGCUGCAGAAUUCGAAAUGGGGUGGCAGGAAUUCACUUCAUCUAUACCAGAGAGGGGAGACCAAGCGGAGAAGCAUUUGUGGAGCUCGAGUCUGAAGAAGAGGCCGAACUGGCUCUGAAAAAACACAGAGAGACCAUGGCACACAGAUACGUGGAAGUGUUCAGGUCCAACGGUGUGGAGAUGGAUUGGACCCUGAAGCGCACUGCUCCCAAUAGUCCUGACCCUGCAGGCGAUGGCUAUGUGCGCCUUAGAGGGCUCCCAUUUAACUGCAACAAGGAAGACAUCGUUCAGUUUUUUUCAGGGUUGGAAAUCAUGCCGAAUGGGAUAAUGCUGCAGGUAGACUUCCGAGGGAGGAACAGCGGGGAAGCCUUCGUGCAAUUUGCUUCACAAGAGAUCGCUGAAAAGGCCUUAAAGAAACACAAGGAGAGAAUGGGCCACAGGUACAUUGAAAUCUUCAAAAGCAGCCAGGCAGAAGUUCACACUCAUUAUGAUCUGCCUCAGAAGAAAAUGGUGAGGCAGCGUCCGGGCCCUUAUGACAGACCUCCGACUGGCAGAUACUAUGGCAGCCUCGGGAGAGGAGCGGGGCUUGAGGGAAUGAGGUACGGAGCCCACGAAAUCAUGUACGGAGGCUACGAAAACUAUAUUGGAUACGGCGCCCACGAAAUCAUGUACGGAGGCUACGAAGACUACGUUGGAUACAGUAAUGACUAUCACUUUGGGAGAGAUCCCAGGUACUUUUUAGCCGUGUCUGGCGACAGCUACGGAUCCGGCUGGUCUACCUUCCAGAGUCCUGCGGGCCAUUUUGUGCACAUGAGAGGGCUGCCUUACAAAGCUACUGAAAAGGAUAUCUAUGACUUUUUCUCACCACUCAAACCUGUGGGAGCUUACAUUGAGGUUGGAGCUGAUGGCAGAGUGACUGGAGAAGCGGAUGUAGAGUUUGCUACUCAUGAAGAUGCCGUGGCAGCCAUGUCAAAAGACAAAGCAAAUAUGCAGCACAGGUACAUAGAACUCUUCCUCAAUUCCGUAGCAGCAGCAGACAGUGGUGUUUAUGAUCCCCAAAUGAUGGGGGGCAUGGGCUUGUCAAACCUGCCUGGUUAUGGCAGUCCAUCUGGUCAGGAGCUGAAUGAGGCUUCUGGAGGAGCCUACGAUGGGCAGAUGAGCAUGAGCAAAAGUGAUCAAGUUUUACAGGAAAACUCCAAUGUUUUAACCACAUAUUGCAUAGAAAACCAAGGAGAGAUGAACAACAGCUACAACAAUUGGGGGAGCUCUGUUUCUGUGGGAAUGGAUAGAAUGGAAGAAAUAACAGGCAUGUCCAGUAUGGGAAGUGAAUCAGUAAUGUACCCUGAUUAUUGA